GAUCGCGGCUACAGGGGGUUGCGGCGUGAGACGAUGGCGAUUCGAAGGCGCGGAAUAACAGCUGCUCUAGCCUCUCUCUAAGACAGCGCGUGGUGGCGCGUGACCGCGCGGCGAAUUGCUACUCCUGACAAUAGCGACCAUGGAGUGCGGCGCCGGGGUGACGUAUGCAGAGCAUGACAGCGGAAGCUCUAGGGGGCACAACAGCGGCAGCUCUAGGAUGCGCAGGGAUUGCUGCUUGAGGACUCACCUCCUCUCCUUCUUCUGUGCAGAGACGGCAGAUUCGGGUUCACACAGGUUUCGGCAGCAUCUUCCCUACCUCUGGUUCCCCUCUUAAUUUUUUCCACCAAGAGUUCAUAAUUCAUGCAUGGACAGAGCCAUCAUAUGAUUAUUAGUUACCUGGUUGCUUUGUAAUUGGUAGUUUCAAUUUAGAUGCAAUUCAGUUCGGUGUUUGAUAAUCUGGCCCUCAGCUGAUUUCUCGGCUUCAAAUACAGCUAAAUAUUUUGUUAUACUUUGGAGUAACAAUCUGCAAUAUGUUCUUACAUUUAAUCUUUAAAAUAUAUGUAUGUUUUUCUCUAUGUUGUCCUGGCUGUUGGGGAAUCAGUUACUUUGUGUUGAAUAAAUCAAGAAGAUGCACAAAAGAAAGUGCGCCCUCCUCUAUGUAUCUUAGACAUUUUCUAGAAAACACAUAUGAUUUUUAGCACCUUUAAUCUACAAAGUACAUGUAUCCUCUUCUCUCAUUAGUUCAGAUGUAUUAUGGAGAUAACAUCUUCCUCUAUGACCAUGUUUUGGUUUGAUACAUGCAAAUUGCAGACAGAGCCAUGUGUGUAGCGCCACGGGCACGUGGAACACAAAUGUGGCAUUCAGUUCGUGGACCACUGGCACGCGGACUCCAGAUUGUUGAUCCCAUCAUCCAUGUCAAUGUUGCCCUGCGGCAGGGCAUAGAUGGUUCAGCUUUAGGCCAGAGCUGCAAAGGCCUCUCUACUCCUGAAACUCCAAAGCAGGCUCAAGGUCCUGGUGAGACUUCAACUCUGCCGCCGCCCAUGGAUCUCACGCCACAAAGUACAUCAUCAUCAGCAUCCGCUAUCAAUGAGACUGGCUCCGAUGCCACUGAAGGAAUAAAGCGCAAGAAUAUUGGUGCUAGCCAGAACCCAACGUCGAAGAAGGGGUUGUAUUUCUCGGAUAAUGACUAGGUUACACAUGUUCGUGUGCUUAAUAUAUGAGUCGCAUGGGAUGUGAAGUGUAAGAUGCUACCGUUUCUGCUGUAUGCAAGCUGCUUUUUGGCUGGUGUGUGCAGCCAGGUAGCUUUGUUAUGGGCCCCGUUUUCUGUUGUUUAAGGCCCAUACAGUGUGUCGGCUACACUCAUUUUCACCAACUGGUAGCCAUUGCUCACAAGCGCUUCUUGCGAUGACCUGCAUUGGUCUACAGCCGCUGUGUUAGCAUAGUGACCGGAUAUGAGCACAAAUUACUCAAAAGGUGCGAUCUCUAAGAGGGGAGCACUUCUUAGUCGUAGUGGUACCAUGUGAUCUGUUUGCUUUUGGACACUGUGUGCCAAUGAUGUAUAUGCAUUUUUCAACU